AUGAGGUGGCUUUCGGGGCUGCUAGUGCUACGGGCUCUUGCAGUGCUGGGAUCUCCAAAAGAACAUGUGGAAGAUGCUGCCGUGGGAGGGUUCCAGGUGGUACGAUGGGAAUGGCACACUGUGCAGGCGCCCUACUUGGUGGCCGUGUGGAUCCUGGUGGCCAGUGUGGCAAAGAUUCUAUUCCAUUUGUCCAGAAAGGUGACCAGAGUGGUUCCUGAGAGCUGCCUCUUGAUUAUCCUUGGCUUGGCCCUGGGAGGCAUUGUCUUGGCCAUCGCUCAGCGGGCCCAAUUCCAGCUGGAGCCCGACAUGUUCUUCCUCUUCCUCUUACCACCUAUAGUCCUGGACUCUGGGUACUUCAUGCCCAGCCGACUCUUCUUUGACAACUUUGGUGCCAUUCUCAUGUACGCUGUGGUUGGCACCGUCUGGAACUCUUUUGCUACAGGAGUCGCUCUAUGGGGAGUAAAACAGAUGGGCCUUAUUGACCCACAGGUGCAAGCCGGCCUGAUGGAUUUCUUGCUCUUCGGCAGCCUUAUAUCAGCUGUUGACCCUGUUGCAGUGCUGGCCGUGUUUGAGGAGGUUCACGUCAAUGAAACUUUGUUCAUCAUUGUGUUCGGGGAGUCCUUGCUCAAUGAUGCUGUCACUGUGGUUUUGUACAAAGUGUUUAACUCUUUUGUUGAGAUGGGACCACAGAAUGUCCAGACCACUGAUUACUUAAAAGGAGUCGUAUCCUUCUUUGUAGUGAGCCUUGGAGGCACAGCCAUUGGCCUAGUCUUUGCCUUUCUACUUGCCCUCAUAACGAGAUUCACUAAACGUGUGCGUAUGAUUGAACCGCUGUUUGUCUUCCUCAUCGUCUACUUGGCUCACCUUACUGCAGAGAUGGUGUCACUCUCUUCUAUAUUGGCAGUGACGUUUUGUGGUUUGUGCUGUAAGAAGUAUGUUGAAGCAAACAUCUCAAACAAGUCACGGACAACAGUAAAAUACACCAUGAAAACCUUGGCCAGCAGCUCAGAGACCAUUAUCUUCAUCUUCUUGGGCAUUUCGGCGGUGGAUACAUCUAAGUGGAUGUGGGAUACAGGCCUGGUCCUGUUCACACUCAUUUUUAUCUUGGUCUUUAGGGCGAUUGGUGUUGUCCUACAGACCUCUGUGUUAAAUCGCUUUAGACUAAUCCCACUGGACAGGAUUGAUCAAGUUGUGAUGUCAUACGGGGGCCUGCGAGGGGCUGUUGCUUUUGCCCUAGUUAUUCUGCUGGACAGUUCCAAGGUCAAGGCCAAAGAUUAUUUUGUUGCAACAACCAUAGUGAUUGUGUUUUUUACAGUCAUAUUUCAGGGUCUGACUAUUAAACCUCUGGUCAAGUGGUUAAAGGUUAAGAGAUGUGACCACCACAAGCCCACCUUAAACGAGGAGCUUCAUGAGCAUGCCUUUGACCAUAUAAUGGCAGCUGUAGAGGAUGUUGUUGGUCACCAUGGCUACCAUUACUGGAGAGACAGAUGGGAGCAAUUUGACAAGAAAUACCUAAGCCAGUGGUUAAUGAGGAAAUCUGCUUAUCGGAUCAAGGAUGAAAUUUGGGAAGUCUGCUAUAAGCUCAACAUCCGUGAUGCUCUAAGUCUGGCAGAUCAGGGGGGGCACAUCAUCUCCCCUGACAGAUUAUCUCUGCCAUCAAUGCCAAGCCGAGCCUCCAUGUCGGAAACCUCUGUCACCAACCUAUUAAGGGAAAACGGGAGUAAAGCCUGUCUAGACCUUCAGGCCAUAGACACUGUGCGCAGUGGGAGACACAGAGAGGAUGCCGUCAUGCAUCACGUACUCCGUGGGAGCCUCUAUAAACCACGCAGAAGGUGCAGAGCUAGUUACAGUCGCCAUUUUAUGACGCCAGAUGAAAAAGCUAGGCAAGAAAAAGAGGUCUUCCAGCAGAACAUGAAGCGGAGACUGGAGUCCUUUAAAUCCACCAAACACAACAUCUGCUUAUCCAAGUCACGAGCCAAAAAAGAUGGUCGAAAAAAGAGAAGUCUGGAAACUGAGCUAAGAAAUCAGAGAGGAAAUAAAGCCGUCAGCUGGCAAAACACUGCAUCUAUUGUAGUAACAGCAGACUCUGAUGAAGAAAUGUCCUGUGCAGACAUUGAGGAAGAUGAGGGUAUAACCUUUGUGGCUCGGGCAACAGAUGAAAUACUUCAUGGAGUUAAAGUUUCUGGGAUGUUGGGUAUAUGUCAGAGUCCUCGCAUUGUUCCACCAUCACCAACUCUAGCUGAAAAAGUGCUACCGUGGAAAGGGGAGCCAGAUGAGAACACUGUCUGCAUCUCCUCAGAGAGCACCAAAAUUGUGCCAGUGGACCUACAGUCAUCUUGGAAGGAAAGUAUGUCAUCUCUGGAAAGCCUUGCCUCACCACCCAUGUCUGACCUGCACCCACAUGGAAUAAGGUGUCUAAGGCAGGACAGCAGGAGCCCCCCUGUUCUUCAGACUCUACCAGAAAAAUGCAGCUGUUUUCCCUUCUCUAACACCACAGGGCAAAGUAUGAAAAGCCCCUUGGAGACCAACCUUGUAGAGCAGCAAGAACUUCAGCCUCUGAUGCCCAGAGAUGACACAAAGAUGAGCCCACAACCCAUAAGGCAAAGCAAGAGGCUGUUGCAGCUUCACAGGUCUUCCAAAAUCUGA